CUUAAACGUUGCUGUUGUUGCAAGUGAGUCCGAAGUUAUCCGGGUUUCGGCGUUUCCAUUAACUCGCAGGUGGAUCAAAAGAUACCCGGCUAAAAACUGACCCACUUUGAGACCCGUUUUCAAACUUAUCCGUUUUUCAAGUGGGUUAGUGGGAACGCGACGCAGAAACGGAUAACUUUUAUCCCGGAUACGUUUUAACCCAGGCUAGUGGAAAGGCUGCCUUAGGUCUGUGCCUUCUACGAUGUCCCUGUUUCAAAUCAGUUCCGUAGUGUCUUCCAGACGUGGGUUCUAUAUUCUUGAGAAUAAACCAUUUAAAAAGCCAAUAAUCAAAGCGGUUAAUACAUGUUGAUAAACAUUGAUUUCGAAAGCUAAUAGUAACAAACAUCUGGCUUGGGUGAAGCAAGGUUCGCAAUGCCUCUAACCUGCUGAGAAUGGGCUGUGAUCAGAGCUUGACCGAACCUAAUGUAUGCUCCAACGGUUCAGUGAACAAUUGCUAAAACACCUUCAACGUCUAGAGGUGAUGUAAUUGAAUCUAGUUUUCGGGUUUCUAAGUAUCAUAAAAUUAAAUAAAAUCAGAAUCUAAAUAAAAAUAAUGUUUUAGUUAUCAAUUACUUUUCAGAGGUAUAUAUAUACGAAAACUGUGGAUGAUGCAACGAUAAAGAAUAUUGACGAUUGAUCGACCAUGAAGGGAUUUUUGGUGAUUUCUUUUGUUUUCGUUUUUAUACUCAAUACUUUAGCCAAAGAAGAGAACAGCAAAGCCGUCGUACGAGAGAUAUGGAGUCAAGUCAGAGGAGAUUCAUUACAGAAUCUAUUGGCUGAUGUUCGCUUUCCACACAAACCCUCGAAAGUCUCUUUCUUAUCGACGUUUGACACACCAACCAAUGAUGGUAUCCACUUCGCCCAGAGACUAAAAGGCUAUUUCACAGCACCAACGACUGGGGAAUAUAAAUUUUACAGCAGUUGUGAUGAUGAAUGCGAGGUUUUCCUUGGACUUGAUGGAAAAGAGGGUGAAAAUAAUAACAUUAUAACACAACGGCGGUCUUCGAUGCACAAUGAAUUUGAUCGUUUUCCGGAUCAAGUUUCGCAUUCAAUAUACCUUGAAAAGGGUAAAUCGUACUACCUCGAAGAGAUUGGAAGACAAUCGACUGGAAGAGAGAGUCUCUCUCUCGGAGUAGAGUUGCCGAGUGGCAAAAGGUUUUUCCCAAUACCAAGCAAAUUUUUGGCAAAAAAAUCUUCAAAAUCAACUCCAAAGGGCCAGAAAGUGAAGUUAGUGAGAUCCAACAAGAGGCAUGGUAAGGAGUCCGAAUCAAGCGAGAUGUCCGAGGGUUCUCUUGGCAAGCUCUUGGUAUCAGCAAACGGUGAAAAGAAGUCAAUGAAGUCAGAUGAUUAUCCCCAGGAGAACUUCUUCCCAGAUAAAAGCGAUGCCCAGCCCCAGGCAGUUUUGGAGGUGGAAGGAGCUGAUAUCGAAACAACAGACAGUAAUGGAGGAUCUAAAGAUGCAUCUACUGAGGGAAUGUUUUCAACUAAAGAGAGUGAUCAUAAAGGCAUGGAUGAAUUUGAGCUGAGUCCCAAGCUGGAGGUGACGUCAGACGUCACGAGUAAUGGGCUGCUAAAUGAGGCAGGCAUAGAGAAAGCUGUUGAGGAGGCGCUUAGACAGAGAAACGAUAAACAAGAAAAUCGGGAAAGCGAAAUGGCAUUUGCAAGUACGGGGAAAAAGGAGUCUAGUGAUGGUCUUGAAGGACAUGGAGCUGAGGCUAGUAAAGUGCACAAUGUUGGUGUUGCCGAACAAGACUUGAGUGCUAAUAGUAAGAAUAAUGACACAGUGCUCGAGAUGAACAAGGUGGCAAGUGAAGCCGGGCAGAUUGCUAUGAACCUUGUUAAUGUGACUAACUUUAAAGUGGUCAUUCCUGGUGGAAAGACCUAUCAAAUAAGCGGGUCGCCAGGAAACAAACCAUUAGUAACAGUUGUACCGAAUGCAGAGAACACGACGGUCGCAGCGCAAAAAGACGAUGUGAAAAACGAAACUGCUGCGGCAGCAAAGACUUCCACACAAGCGAACAAAAAAGAUUCUUCAGAAGGUGCAGUGGGUGAAAAGACCGUUACUGCGGUGCAGCAUGGAAAUGUUGUUGAUGUCAAUCUUAAUAACGGUAUGGAUGUACCCAAGUUGAUACCAACCAAUAUGGACCAUCCUGUAACACCAAAUGGCUUAGCAACAGGCUUUCCGUUAAUGGGUGUACCAGUUUUGGAACAUCCGCGUCCUCUUCUCGAUUCAUCAGUUUCUUCAUUAAUGUACCACCCAGAGCCGCAUCCGAUGGACCACCCCAUGGAAUACCACCAUGAGCCUCAUAAUGAUCAUAUGCAUAUCGAGGUUAACUCCUCAGUACCCGCCCAAGAGGCCCCGAAACCUCAGAAGCUAGAUCCUGAAGUAAUCAAAGUCGAAUUUUUGCCUGAGGGAAUCUCAGUUGAUACCACCGCAGGCAAGAUUUCUAAGAAAUGCAACCACGAAUCGACAAAGAAAUCUUCAGACCCUACUGAGUGUAAAGAAGAUAAAAAGGAAGAAAAAAGUAAGGAAUCGAAGGAAGAAGAAAAUUCUUCAAAGAAAUCUGAUUCAAACUCGAAGCACGGGGUAUUAUUAAACGGCACAGUUGUGGCAGCACCAGAUGCCAAAAUGUUCGUAGCUCCAUUUUUUGCCAAAGGGUUACCAGGAGAUGUCACCGUUGUACCAGCUGAGAGACAGGCACCAGUGACAAGAGUUCUGGUUCAGGAUAUCGCAGCGGAUAAAAAUGAGACGAAAAUGAAUACAGUGAAGAUCGCUCCAAAGUCGAACGCUCAAGAAGACUCACCGUUUCCGACAAUUACUGGCUCCGUAAUGAACAACGUGACUGGAAAACCGGUCCCAUUUGAAGUGAGAGUUGUUUCAAAUCAGCAAGAAGCUCAACAGUUAGCUGGUGGCAAAGGAACAAACUUCACAAUCUCUGCCGACAGUAGAACAUUCGCUAGUGGUGUUACAGCAGGAACUAACAAAAAGGGCCAACAGCAGACGAUUAUAAUCCUACCGGACGCCCUCAAGAAGCACGAAACUGAAGAAGCAAAGGAUAGGAGCAGUGAAUUUCAGCUAAAGCCAGAACCGCAGCCUGCACCAGCCAGCGAGAAGAAACCGGCUGCGGAAAAGACGUUUCCGGUUACAAUGGAUAAUGUUUCGGGAGGUGGUGGAGGGCCACCUCCUGGAGAGUUCAUAUUCCCUGAUAUGACAACCUUGAAUCCUGGAUCAGAUCCAUCAGUUGUUCCUGCAUCAAGCACAACAUUUCAACCACCUGCUAAUCAAAACAACCAAAUGCCGGGAAUGGUGCAAUCUAAUAUGUCUCCAAUGAACCAACAGCAACCACAACAACAGCAAGUUCCAGACCAAGAUAGAGUGCUCGUUGCUGGUCCACCAGACAAUGUCUACCAUGGACCAGUUCUCAGUCCCAUUGUAAAUACAUUCAUGACAGACUUGAACAAAGGCUCAUUUUCAACUGAGGAAGCCUUAGAUCUUAUGAAUAAUUACGUCAGUGGAAGUCAAGAUAUGUCAGCUUCUAUCAAGAAACUUCAAGGUGUCUUGCAAAAGGUUGGUUCUCGUGAUGGCACUCCACAGGCCCCACAGGUCCAGCAGGCUCCGCAAAUAAAUAAAAUGGAAGCCCCUGUGCAACAAAAAAUGAACGGGAUGCUUCUCAAGGGUAUGGGAGGUGCCAAUUCUUUUAAUCCAGCACCUAAGCAACCUCAAGUCGUAAAUGCAGCGGGAAUAAACGCCCCUACAGGAGGAGAAAUUGCUGCUCUGCUUGCAAUAGGGCCUAACAAGGAAUUCGGAGAUAUGGAUGGAAGGAACAGGAUGUACGAAAACAGCGAGGAAGGGCCAAAAGAGGGUGAAAGUGAUUUGUAUAAUCGACAUACUUACCCAGAAAACCAUUUUGAGCAAGAACAGAAAUUCCCACCAAACGCAUUUGAGCAACAACAGCAACCGCCAAAUGCCUUUAUGAUGGACCAUAAUACUGACCAGGCAGCUGUUAGGCAGAUGAGUCAAAUGGGCCGUGAAAAGCCACCGCCGGUUCAUCUGUUCCAGAACUUUGAUCCGUCCGUGGUUUCGCAGUUGCGCGGUGGCAUGAAUGAGAAUAUGAUGCGUGGAAGUAACCCUGCCCAAUUUGGUGGGCCAAUGGAGGAGCAGCCAAUGCGAGAAAAUGGCGUCAUGCCAUUCACGAACAAUCCAGAUGCAAUGCCACAUCAAGGUAAUCCGGAUUUUGGAGCGAUCCGAAACAGUAUGAGCAGUUUCUUGAAUCGAAUCGACCCACAUGAAAUUAGUGUAAACCCAAGUGUUGCAAUGCCUGAAAAUGGAUUGUCAAGGAAAACGCUAAGCAAACGGCCGCAAGAGUCAAAUUCGCACCAAUACGACCCACCACAAGGUGCCUUUUACAACAAUGCACCAGGAAACAGUUUCCCUGGCAACCAGGAGGAAUACACAAAACGUGCGCCAGUUGAAAGUUUUCAUCAAAACAGCCACGGGGGAGGUAUAAGUGACCUAUAUACCGACUCUCUAUUCCCAGAAGACAUUGCUGAUAUUGAGUCCUUACGUGGCAGCCUUCAAGGAAAGACAAUGUCAGCAUAUGACCGGCAGGAGGAAUCUCAAGCACGGGCUCAAGGGAGAUCAUUGACACACCCAAGUGCCACUCGGCAGUUGAAGGUAUCCUUCCCGUUAAGUGCACUGACAAAGUCCAGCAGAAAUAAAGGUGCAUUACGCUCCAGUAUUGCUCGCAGUCACAAGAAGAUAUCAAAAAGAAGAAAUAGCAUUUCAAAGAGUGGAAGACAAAGAUUAAGAAAAAUAAUAAACAAAGCCGGCUCCAAACGGUCUGGAUUGUUGAGACGAAAGAAACAUAGAAAAAGUAAACGUGACUUGGUCAGUAUCGUGCCCAAGCGCCAUCCAAAGCCAAAAGUAGCUGAUAAUACCGAAGAUAUAGUGCUGAAUGUAGAUGAUGUGGCAAAAAGUGUGCCUGGUACGGACAUUAAAGAAGAUUUAGCGAAAAUAACAACUGAACCUACACAAAAAGCAGUCGCACCUGAGAGUCUUCCUGCCAGUAAAGAAGAUUCAAUGACUGCAUCCCAGCGACAGCAUGUUGAUAAAGACAAAAGCCACUUAAAGAACAUCGCGAUGGAACUAAAAGAGAUUCUUCGACAAUUACAUUCUACCAAAAAGGCUUCAUUUGACGUUUGGGAGGGUAACAAAGCCAACCAAAAGUCAAUAUUGACAAACAGAAUAGGCAGUGACUACGAAGUACAAUACGUCACGGGAAAAGUAUCUGAUGACGAUUUAGCUGAUAAAUCGUUGUCUAGUUACCAGUCUCCUGACGCCGACAGAUUUCAGCAAGACGUAUGGGAACCUGGAUCUCGAGGCGAAGGAACUAUGUUAGGAGCUUUGGUGAAUUCAAAAAGAGCCACAUUAGCAAAGGUGGUGCAAAAGUCGCCAGGCAGAUACAGAGCUAGAAGCAACAUACCAAGCCAUAUUGACAACGCACAGCCGUAUUUCAAAGACUGGAAGCUAGAUGAAGAAAUUAGGCUAUUACAGCAGCUUUAAAGUACUUUCUUUGAUACGAAAGUAUAUACAACUGAAAAAAAGCUCGCCAUAUUCUACAAAGGUUCUAAGCAUGCUUUAAAGCAUAAAACGAAUCCUUGUGCUAAUCUGUGUAACCGUUUUGGCUCAGCUUACAGGUCCAGGUCAAUGGAGAAUGCUAACUUAUAUCGAUUCCAGUCUAGUCUUUUUGCAUAUUAAGGUAUUUCCAAUACCCUUACAUGGAAUACAAACUCCAACCUAAUCACCAGACCCUUCCUUUCCAAUCACACGAAAACAUGGCUCCAUAAAUAUCGAAUUCGAAUUUGUAUCAAUCAUAAAUGCUAUUAAAUAUAGGCGUUAGAAAUAGCUACCAUUGUCGUAUCAACGACUUGGAAAAUUCUGCUUGACCAUUAGCAAAUGAAUAGUCAUUAUUUUCCUGGGAAAAGCUAUGAGUGCCUACAACCCAUGAGCCUAAAUGCGUUUUCAUCCUGAUGAAUUGAAACAAAGGAAUGUUGAAGUUUAGAAACUUUCUCUAAUAUUUAAAGUACUUUUCCUUUGACUCUGGACGAAGCUAAGCAUUCUCAAAGAUGGGCCUGUCAUGUGACGUAUCACGUGACUCUGACGAUGAAGAUUACAAACACUAACUCAAAAUUUUUGAAACAGUUUUGUCUUGUAUUAAUUUCUUCGAAUCCAACUUUGCUGUAAGUUCUUGCUCAUUCAAUUUUAAAAUGUACUUUGAUGUAAAUAAAUAUCUCAUGCCAUGUGUUUGAUCGUAA